AUGUCCAACGGCAACCUCAAAAGCAAAGGCAUCGUUGUGUUCUCAGGCGGAAGCGCUGCGAACAAUCUAGUCGACGUGUUCAAGAAAGUCAGAGAAGACAAAAGAUGCCCGCUGAGCUAUGUCAUCCCUAUCAGUGAUAACGGCGGCAGCUCGUCUGAGCUGAUACGCGUCUUCGGAGGUCCAGGUAUCGGUGAUGUGAGAAGUCGUCUUGUCCGCCUAAUCCCGGAUGACCCCGAUCACGAUGACAGCGAGAAAGCAGCUAUCAAGACCUUCUUCAACCACAGAUUGCCCAAAGAACGGUCUUCAGCCCGAGAUGAAUGGCUGCAGAUCGUAGAGGCUGAGCAUGCACUCUGGACGAAUAUCUCGACGUCGAAGAAAGAACUCAUACGAUCGAUACUCAAUGUUGUCGCAUACGAGAUCGUCAAGCGUCGCCGGCCAUCAUCGAGUUUUGACUUCUCAGGUGCAAGUAUCGGUAACUUGUUUCUCACUGGCGCUCGACUCUUCACUGGUUCAUUUGAGUCAGCCAUCUACCUACUCUCCAGCAUCUGUUCUGUGCCUAGUCACACGUCAGUCUUACCUGCGAUCAACACCAACUUCACGCACCACAUCUCAGUCAGCCUCGCAAACGGCGACACCAUCACCGGCCAGAACUCCAUCUCACACCCUUCCAUAUCCACAGCCUUGGUAUCGGGAGGUGCACCAAUAAUCGAUGAGACCGAACAGCACGAUCGAAUCGAGGAUGCCAAUUUACCCGGAUCUUUACCGACUCUUCGAAAGCAGUACAUCACCUUCUCCAAAGCGGAUGAAGAGGAGUUGCCCGCCAGGAUCGAAAGGCUUUGGUAUAUCAACCCCUACGGCCAAGAGAUCCGACUUUCCGCGAACCCAACGGUGCUCAAUGCAUUGAACGACGCGCAGGCCGUGAUAUACAGCAUCGGCUCGCUCUACACAUCCAUCAUCCCUUCAUUGGUUCUCAAAGGUAUCGGCGAAGCCAUCAGCAACCCCGCAAUUCGCUACAAGAUCCUCAUCCUCAACUCGACCAUCGAUCGCGAGACCGGACCGUCAUCCAACCCAUACUCUGCCCUUGACUUCAUAGCUGCCAUCGCGAAAGCAUGUGAAGACUCCAAGAGCGUAUUUGGGCCACUGGAUAAGAGUCAAUACAAGAAGUAUGUGACGCACAUCAUACAUCUCCAAGGGCCAGGCACUCCAGCGGUCGAUCGAGACGAGCUUAAGAGUAUUGGCAUUGAACCAAUUCGUGUCUAUGGAAAGAAACAUGAGGGCGAGAACUUUGUUAGGUAUGAUGGUACGGCUUUGAUCCAAGCGCUUGAGGUUACGAUGGGGAAGAGGGAUCCGAGGAUGCCUAGUCGACGGAAUACGUUAGAGGGGCCGGCGAGGUGA